UGCAAUUUUUCAUCCGGAACUUCCCUACGAAAAACAACUUUAAAUCAACUUAUAAUAUAUUAGAUAGGAUAUUAGUAUUUAGAAAUGUGGUUUCAUAAUAAAGUAAUUUAAAUAAGCCAGAUAUAUUCAAGACAUUUUGUAUAGGGAAUUAGGGACAGAGGGCAUCAAAAACUGACCGAAGGGCCGCCGUAUAUCUUCUCUUAUAAUGAAAUGCUUAUUAUUCAGGCGGGAUCCGUGAAAUAUACAGGAAACAUCCUUGUGUUUCCACUUAAUGGACCUAUUUUGUUGAGGAAUUCCACGUACUUUACAAUUAUCUUUCAUGUCAUGAUAAUCCAUCUAAAUAAAAGGAAAUGUAUUGAGGUGGUUCCAUACAGUGUUUAAAAGUUACUGACUUAGUUAAGUACGAGUCAGCGCAGUAGAUUUACUGUUUAAUUUGGAAAGCCGAGGAUCAGUUUUAUUUGCCAGUUUACGAGAGGCUCAUUGGCGUUAAUGAAAUAAGGCGAGGAUAUACGAGCAGCCGCCGAGCAGAUCUUGCGGCCCAGUGGUGAACGGACUCCUGACGUCAUUUCUGUGAUCCUUGGACGAUCACUGCACCUGUACCGCGGUGGUUAGCGAGCGAGUGCCGGUGUAGUGGACGCUGGAGACAGCUGGGCAUGUAGUGGCGGUGAGUGGGCGGCCGCGCGGCGGGGCAGCAGUGGAGGCGGCGGCGGCGGCGCGGCGGCGGCGCGGCGCAUGCGCGGGGCGGCUGUCUCCGGGAGCUGCUGCGAGCGCUCAGUUGCGCGGCGGAGCGCCGGUCGAUUCCCGGGGCGCACUCCUCGCCUCCGACAACCGAACCAACCGUAAAUGUUACAUAAAAACCAUCCGUAUCGUUAACAUUGACAGCUAUUAAUGUAAACCGACUAAUUACAACCUAUCAAAUAUAAUUAAUGCGAUUUAUUCAGCAAUGUCUCUUAUGAUUUUUCAUAUUUGAGUUGUGCAGUCUCACGAUAAAUUACUGUAAAUUUCGGGCCACCUGCUGCUGGCGGGAGAUAAACGUUAUCUAGAAUGCUGGACCUGAUUGACUCGAUAUUUCGGCAGUGAAUAAAAGCUUUUUGUUUUAUGCUUGUGGGAAGAUAUUAAAUGUGCGUAGUGCGUGGUCCGCAGCGCUAGUCCCGCGCCUGGGGCGGCAUGCUCUGACCGUCACAGUUCCCGGACUUUAAGAUGAUUGAACUUGAUUUUUUGCAGUUUCGGAAAGCGCGAGUGCGACUGCGGUGGGGCGUGGGUCGGUGAGCGAUGCGGGCGCGGUGGUGGGCCGGCGCGCUGGUGUGGUGCGCGUGCGCCGCCGCCGCGCCCGCCGAGCCGCCCGCCCCCGCCCCCGCCCCCUCCGCCGCCGCCGCCGCGCCGCCCCUGCCCGCCUGCGACUACCUGCUCAUCAACUCACAGCAGCUGCCAGAGAAUGUGCGUGGUCACGAGGCGGCGGUGGCGCUAGCAGCGCGCUCGUUGUCAGAACUACUGGAGAGCGAGAGUGACGCGGCGCGGGCGGCGGCGGGCGCGGCGGCGCUGGCCCGCGCGGCCGCCCGCUCGGCGCUGCGCCCGCCGCCCGCCGCCGUGGCCCUGGGCGCGCCGCAGCGACACCUCGGAGUACUGUACUUCGUGCAGCCGCCGCGCCUCGUCAUCUUCCAGCAGAACAACUCGGCCGCCCUGCAGCAGUUCUGGCGCACGCUGGCGUCGGCGUGGAACGAGAGUACGGCCGUGUGGUCCAACGCGUGGUUCACGUGCUCGGGCGAGGGCCGCGGCUGGUGGGGCGGCGUGGCGGCGGCGCGGGGCCGGGGCGCGCACCGCGCCGCCGCCGCCGUGUUCCGCCGCCUGCCCGCCGUGCCCUGCGAGGAGGGGCUCUACGAGUGGAUGGGGGGCGCGCCGCAGUGCGACCCGCUCACCACCGAGUGCCAGGCGAUGACCUCGGACAGUCCGGAUACGAGAUUACAGUACUCGUGCCGCUGCCGCAGCGGGCACUGGCACGCGGCGGGCGGCGGCUGGCGGCGCGGGGCGCUGGCGUGCGCGCCGUGCGGGCUGCACAGCGCCGCGCCCGCCUGCCUCGCCAGCACGCCGCGCGUCGCCCUGCUCGCCGCCAACCUGAGUGGCAUGCUGAUCUGUCUCAUUUGUGCGCUCGCUAUAUGCCAUAAGAGAAAGUCUAAAGCAGUGGCAAUGGGGAUGUGGACAGUAUUGGAAGUAGUAUUGCUCGGUGCUCUACUAAUGUACGCCUCAGCCGCCACGCAAUACGUGUCCGCGUCCCGCUGGCGCUGCGUGGCGGGCGCGUGGCUGCGCGAGCUCGGCUUCGUGGCGUGCUACGGCUCCGUGGUGCUGCGCCUGUGGGUGCUGCUGGCCGAGUUCCGCACCAGGAAGGCGCAUAGAUGGACGCCCCGGGAUACUGAGGUGCUCCGCAUAGUAGCGGCCAUGCUAGUGGGGGCGGUCUGCUACCUAGCCGCCUUCACAGCCACGGCCGCCUGCGACGAGGGGGGCGAGGACGGGGGUGCGAGGUGCGCGGCCGUGGCGUGGCACCACGUCACAGCUGCUGCGGAGAUCUUGUUGCUGGCAGCCGGGCUAAGGAUCGCGUAUACGGCCAGAAAUGCUAAUGUCCCGUUUCAGGAGCGCAACUGGCUCUGCGCCGCGCUCUGCUUCGAGGCGGCGUGCGGCAUCAUCUGGCGCGUGUCGGCGGCGCUGGGGCUGGCCCCUGAGGGCUCCCCGCUGGCGGCGUCGGCGCGCGCGCACCUGUCCGCCGGCGCCGCGCUGGCUUGCGUGCUGGCCCCGCGGCUCUGGCACGGGUGUAGAGCGCGCUCGCUGGCGCAGGAGGUGUCCCGCCGCGGGCCGGCCGAAGGGUUCGCCGUGGAGGGCGAAGAGGAGCCCUCGUCUGAGGAGGUCCGAGCCGAGCUGAAGCGCCUGUACGUGCAGCUGGAGAUCCUCAGGAACAAGACCCUGCGGCUGGACAACCCGCACAUCAGCAAGCGCCGCGGGGGACGCAAGCCGCCGCACCGACGGUUCUCGCUGCAGAAAAAGGGCAGUCGAGACAAGGCUCUGCAGGCUCGGCGAGGGGGGAAGGGCAAGGGGGGCGGCAGCGCCAGCGCGGUGGAGGCGAGCGAGGCGGGCGACGCCACCAGGACUCCCGAGGACUCGGUCUGCUCCGCCGAGGGACCCUCGCACUACACGGACGGGGACGCCGCCUGAUGCGCCGUUCCCGGGACACAGCUGAUGCCGUAUCGUGACGUCACACUGUAGAUGCAGUAGAGCGGUACUAGCGCAUCUGCAUACUGGUUUUGACCUUUAAUGAGACAGUAUAGUGCAGACCUGCAACGGUUUGCUGAAAGUACUGUUCCUGGAAGACAUAAAUAUGGAGUGGAGCAGUCCAUUCUGAGCCCAAAAUGGGCUGGUCCAGACAAUGUAGGGUAAACUUUCUUGUUUCUAUUCUCUAAUCGUACACGUAUGAUUGAUCAAAUCAAAUUAUACCUUAAG